CGAAUUGCGAACUAAACGCUGCUGAUGACAGUCGAUGUCGAUUGUCGACAGCAGUUUUUCGCGAGAGGCGUUAUAAUUCUUACGUUUUAAGGCUAAAUUAUUGUGAUUAUUAUAAUUCAAAAUGUUAGCCUUGAUUAAUCGUAUCCUAGAUUGGUUCAAAAGCCUGUUUUGGAAAGAAGAGAUGGAGCUCACGCUGGUCGGGCUGCAGUACUCGGGGAAAACAACAUUUGUGAACGUCAUAGCAUCUGGCCAGUUCAGUGAAGAUAUGAUCCCCACCGUCGGCUUCAAUAUGCGCAAAAUCACUAAAGGAAACGUCACUAUCAAGGUGUGGGACAUUGGAGGUCAGCCCAGGUUCCGCUCUAUGUGGGAGAGGUACUGCCGAGGCGUCAAUGCUAUAGUUUACAUGGUGGACGCGGCCGACAGCGACAAGAUCGAGGCGUCCCGCAACGAACUCCACAGCCUGCUCGAGAAGCAGCAGCUCACCGGCAUCCCCGUGCUGGUGCUCGGCAACAAGCGCGACCUGCCGCACGCGCUCGACGAGCACGGACUCAUCGAGCGAAUGAACCUGUCGGCAAUCCAGGACCGCGAGAUUUGCUGCUACUCGAUCUCCUGCAAGGAGAAGGACAACAUCGACAUCACGCUGCAGUGGCUCAUCCAGCACAGCAAGUCCGGCGCCGCGCGCUAGGCCUAGCUCUAGACCUAGGUACCGCUUCUAGACCUGCACCCGUGGCACAACGCUCGAUCUUAAUUUGAGACCAGACCAGACGGCUGUAUCACUAAAUACAUUAGCACAGAUGUAGUAUAUCAUUGUUUUCCAUCGUAUUUUCUCGGAAACGUUCGUAUUUGUCAUGCUACUUCAGUCAACCUCAGUAUUUUUUGUACCGAGACUGGCUGAAAUAGCAAGACACGUUCGUACGUUUCCGUGAAAGUACGAUGGAAAAUAAUUAUGCACAUCUGUAGAAGCAAAGAUUCACUGAUUGUAUACACACACUGAUUGUACACAUUAUCUGUGUGAAGUCAAAGACCUUCGAGCAACACCGGCUUCCGACACGUCGGAAGGGAGGGGCCCAAGCGAUAUCUUACCGUACAAAUCUUUCUGUCAUUUUUUGCGGGGGGAAAGGUGCACACAGUCGCACUUCUCACACACUUACAUACAAAAUCCAAUCUGUAAUGACGACACAAAUACAUAGAAAAUGACACACGUCAAAGACAAAUCUUGCAAACCUCGAUCUCAUUUUGUGUACGGAUGAGUCACAAGUGUCACAACACGCACACUAACACAUGUUCGUCGAAGAAUUUUAUUGUAUUCUGAGAGAUGAGAAGUCGGAUUUGUCGCUCGACCGAUCCGCAAUUUGUACUGGGCGCGCACAAUCGAUAAAUCCAACAAUUACAUGAGACUAAAAUAUAAUAAUUGUGUUUAAAUGUAAUUCAACAAAAUAUUACAUGUGAAAUGUAACACCUACUUUUUGUAAAUUUGAUGUCCCCGACAUCUUUUUAGAACAAAAGACCGAGCAAUUAGGCAUUUUUUCUGCUGCUGUGUUCACGCGCGCGUCUGGACUCGGUCUAGUGAAAAAUCCGAGCGCAACUAGUUUUAUUACCCGCGCUAGAUCAGUUGAUCUUGUACCUAGGCAGAGGGGAAAUAGUGCGAAUGCCGCCUCCCUGCUCGAAGUCAAAGACAAAUUUGUACUUCGAUUUUAGAAUUGUGAAGUAGAUGGUUCUGCAGGCAGCAAGUUAGCAACUGAAUUGUUAGACGUAAAUUUUUGUUUUAGGCGACCAGAGUUACCGCAUUAUGUACGGGAUUGUACAGAGGCGCCAUCUGCAUUAGCUCUGUUAAAUCAGAGGCACAAGUUUUUCUUACACUACACAAUUUAAACAAUCAGUAAAUUUUUGAUUUUACUAAUGACUAAUGAGUUUUGUAAUAAGACAUUUUAGGGAUGAGUGCUGACAUUAUUAUAAACUAUGCUAACACAUUUUAAGUUGUCUUUUUCUAUUAGAAUUAAUAAUUAUUUGUGGCUCUCCAGCACAGAGGGGUCCUUAUGCUUCAAGUGCAAUAAGGAGGUUUUCGUCUGAAAUUCCAACAAAAAUUCUGAUAGAAUAGUCUUUAUUGCAUAUGAAGCGUGGCACCUUUCUCUUGUGGAAAGCCACUUUUUCUAGCAUAAAGAUCGAGCGCGGUGCAUAAGUGGUCUAAAGGUUCGCACUCGAUUUAAACAUAUUUCAACUGCUAAUCGUUUUAAACAUCGAAUAUAUCAUUAAUUUGAAAUAUUUAAUGUUUAAAACAAACCAGCACGCUCGAGUUUUGAAUAAUACCUUAAAAAUAACUAAUGUAUAAAUGCAUCAUUUUUUUCAAAAAGUUGUUGAUGUAUUACCGUUUAUAGAAAUAACUUUAUUAUUUUUUCCAUCUAUCCGGCUUAGUCCAGUCUUAUACAUCUGCAAUAAUAUUUAUAAUCGCGCAAUAAUAUCUGACACCUUAUUUGACACAUAAAAGUACAAAUAAAUACACAAGAUUUGGAAAAUUGAGUAACGCUUGGUUGUGCCUAUAGUAUCUAGUAGAUGUUAUCUGGGUAUAAAACCUAGCAAACGCGAACAAGUGCUUAACCUUUUGAACGCCACAGACGGCAAUUGACGUCAACGCAAAAUCGUGACGACGACACCAAAGAUGGCAUUUGACGUCGAUCGUUUUUUGAUGAAAAUCUACUGAAAAACACCCCACUUUUAGGUUGGCAUAAUUUAUUCACAUAACUAAAUUUUACCCCCGUGGCGUCAGUGGCACGGCAAAUGGAUGCGCCGUUUGGCGUUCAAAAGGUUAAAAAAUGUUUAAUAAUAGCACGAGUGUGAUAAAAUUAUUUUAGCGUUAAAUCUGCACAUCCUACUGACUGUGCCAGUAAGGCGUCUUCAAAUUGUUGCUUCGCUUCAGUGUGCGAACUUACACACCGGAGCGAUAUACGAAUACGCAUCAGUGUAACCACGUACCUGCAUCUAAACGCGCGUAGAAUCUGUGCGAAAAGAGAAGAGUCGUGGAAUGUAAAGGAACCCAUACCCAAACAUUCUACGACUCUUCUCUUUCCGCAAAGACUAUGCAGAUUCAGAGCCUUAUUGUCGCACUUUUAAAAUUAACUUGGCUUCCAUUGCGUAUGUCUAUGUAAACUUCGAUGGUGUCACUGAUACAAGAAAACUGUAACCUCCUCCUUUUUGAAAUUUACACGUCAAGAUUUUUGUCAAUUAUAUAACCGACGUACCUAAUAAUACCCCAGCUGGCUUGAUAUUUAUAGGUUAUACAGACGUGACAAUUGGACCACCGAUUUAACGAUACACUAUACAGCCAGGCCCCUGGGUGACAAUCAUUGAUAGAAAACGCCAAUCCAAAGUGAAAUAAUAUAUGAAAAUGAUCACGUGAGUUUUAGUUGCAUCUGUCAUCCUGAUACAUUUUUUCUAUUCGAUCGAUCGGCGUUUGUCGAUGUACGAUUGUCAUUUUGGCCAGGUACCCUGUUUCACCACACUGACAAUUGUCGCCUGACAUUGACAAUUCACUGUACAUGGUUCAACUAGUGAAUAUUUACGCUAUGUAACGUCAUUGUUAGAAAUUUUCAAGGAAUUGUCAGUGUCAGGUGCCAAUUGUCAAGUUGGUGAAAUAGGCGCUUGUUGGAAGGCAAGGCGUGCUGAUUUAUCGUGCCUUGUUGUGGCAUUUGUAAUUAAAUUUGUUAGUCAUUGUUGUCUGUAUGUUCCUUUAAGUUUAUAAAACGUGUUUUAAAAUUGAUCUAUGUGUAAUAUACACGUUUUGAUAAUAUACAUUAUGUUGGACGGAUUAGAGAUAGAUGGAAACCAUUUUAUAGUCUGCUUUGUAUGUAUAUUCCUCAGCGCGCCAGGUUUUUGCUUUCAAAUCCCUAUUAAGGUGAUACAUGUGAUACGGCUUUAGAGUCAGACCAAGCUAACUCUGCACAAACUUUGAAGUGACAUGUGAAACAUUGACGUUUAUAGUGGCACUCCCACACGUUGUCACCCCAAAGUCUGUGUAGAGACUGCAGUUAUAGGUCUACCCCUUAUCUCAGGCGGUCGGUAAAGAAGUUGCGCGAUGAUAUUCUAGUGGAAGGUACCUGAGCUUUGGAACUAAAACUAGUUUGUAUGUUAAGUUUUUACUUAACGUUAUACAAAUCAUCUUCAUGUAGCCGCUUUCAACAGUUUUAACCAGUCCGGAGCUGAUCAUAAUCACUUCUCAUUAAACCGCUAAGGAUGGUAUUCCACCUGUCCAAUUUCUUGGUCUAAUGUCAUUGCGUCUCACUUUCUCAUUACAGGUGGAAUACCACCCUUAUUUAUCGCCUCAGUUAAAUGGUACAACUAUAGCUGAAACGACUCUAACAUUUAUUGGCUCAGGCAGUUUUUUUUAUGAUCAAACGUCGAGAUUUCAUCCAUGACUGUGGCAGUAUUUUCAAACUUUUUUCAAAAUUGCCUCAUUCCAAAUGAGAAUAUUGCCUCAUUCGUACAUUCGGCCAGUGUAUAGUUACUAAUGGAUACGUUAGCCACAUAUCACUAGCUUUCUUUUAUUUAUUAUUGUUCAUCGAGGACAAUCCUGUGGGCGUACAUAAUUACCAAUAACGAGUUCAAUUUUUGAAGUGAAAACUUCUUUAGCGGCGCUGUGCACUUUUUGUGAUGGGGAAAAAAUGUUAAACUCGCGACAGGUCACGUAACCGACAGAUUCGACAGAUUGAAAAUUCGUAAGAAGGACACGUGACCUGAUCGAAAUAAAACUGUUACAAUGUCAUUGAGUUUUCACUUCUGCCGGCACUCCCGGAGUGCAACCCGUUGUUUUUAUUUUUUAAUAGAACUUGUUCCUUUUUUUGGAAGACGGUUAUAAUAUUGACUAAAACCAGACAAUUAAUUAACACCUUAUUGAUCACAAUCAUGGUUAAGUUGACGCUACUGUGGAACAAACAUAUAAUAAAAAUACAAAUAUGCCGAAAAUCUGUGAUUUUUAUAAAAUAUCAAACACACUGACGUACAUUCAAUCAAAGACUAUUAGUUCUGAUUUUUGUUUCCAAUUUGGUCAAAUCAAAAUCAAGAAUAGGUAACUUAAAUGAAAUCCAAAGAAAUUUAAUAUGGAGUGUUAGGUACGUAGGUACAUUGAUAGGAUUGUUGUAAGGUGGCAAUAUGUUGGUUUGGUUACUGUUCGCUUACCCACUCAAAAUCUAAAGUAACUAUAUGUUGAGCGACUAAUGUACUAUGUUAGAAUAUUUAGAUCCUCUAAUACUAGCAUUACGCAAUAUAUAUAUAUUAUAAAUAUACUUAACUCAUACUGUUAGUAACGAUAAGGUGAAAAUUUAAUGAGGGACUAAUUUUGCUUCAUAAAAUAUUCUUUAUACGUAGGAAAUAUUUAUUAUUUACAAGUUUUUAUUUUUUUUAAGAUUAUCUAGCAAAAUUAGGCUCGCAAACGAGUUUACUCAUAUUAAUAGUAAAUAAUAUUAGCGUGAUGACAAUCCAUUGAUGACAAAUUUAAAAAAAUAUUUAAAUCAGGCCUGUUUUACCACACUGAGAAUUGUCACCUGACAAUGACGAUUCACCAAUGCAUUGCGAAUUAUCAGUGCCAGUUGUAAAUUGUCAUAUUGGUUUAUACGGUUUAUACGGGCCUUCUGACAAAUCUAUUGUUUUGGUAUUUCACCGAGUUGAUAUUCGCUACAAUUAUUUAUUACUCUUAUGUUAUAGUUAUGAAGUCAUUAGAUUUGUAAUUGUUUACAGCUUGAAUGCACACUGUAGAAUAAUUUAAGGUGAAAUUCAUGAGGGAAAGAAUGCCGAUAGGUGAUUACGUUGUUAUUUGCAAUAGUUACAGGAACCAGUUAUUAGAUGAGGCAUAGUUACAGUAUGUAGGCUUAUUAUGGUCGAAUUUUUAUUAUAGGUACUUAUCAUUUUUGAUGAGACAUUAUUCUUCAUUCUCGUAUACUUGUCCGAAUGGGAUACAUGUCUCAUCUACUGCGGUGAGGCAUGAAAACGCGUCCAUAAUAUGCGCCUAUUUCAUUAACUUGACAAUUGUCAUCUGACUAUGACAUUGACAAUUUUAAGUUAAUUUUUGUGUCUGUAAGUAGCGACGGUGUCUUAGCGUCAUUGUUUACUUGUUGGACCAUCAAUGUACGGUGAAUUGUCAUUGUCAGAUGACAAUUGUCAUUAUGAUGAAUCAGAGCCUAGGUCGAUUUAUACUGUUUUGUAUGAAUUCAGCACCCAAAGUAAUGUAAUGAUGCCUAUAUUUAAGAAAUUCGUUUUGUAACAUAAAUGGCAUGUUACUUUAGUCCGCUCGCCAGCGACUGAUUUCUCUCGUACUGUUUCGAGGCGACAGGGUAAUGUAAACAUGCCAUUUAAAAGAACCCAGUAAAAAAGUUAUGCCAAAAAUAACGUAAACCUGUUGUUGUUAGGCGGUCUUUAAUGUGAUCACAAAAAUUAUGUUACGUGUAUGUAUAGUAUGUUUACGGUGCCUACUUACUCGUUCAAUUCGGAGUGGGCCGAAUCAAAUGAUAUAUAUAAAUAGUUUAUAUCUUACCUAUACACGAGCGGUCAUUAAAAUGGUAAAAUUUUGGGUCACUGUAUAAUACGCAAAAAUAUUUUUGUUCUCACAAUGGGACAUUGCAACUAUCAAGUUGCAGCCAAUAUAACCGCAUAACGCGAAAGUAGUUAAUAAUUUAGUGUUUACUCAAAUAACGUCAACGUUUGCCCAUGUCUUUUUUUAACCAACAUGACAAAUUGGCGUCUGACACUUCAUAAUUCGGCGUUCAUUUCUGAAACGAUAAGUAACAAUUGUACGAAACUUUACUAAUUGGACCAGAAAUGUAGAGCGAAAUAUGUCAAUUGUCACAUGACAAUUGGUUUAAUAAGGGCCUAGUGUUAGACCUGAUCGCACCUGAUUUUAAUGACAAGCGCUGUAUAUAUAGUAUAUAUAAAUAAAAUUAUGUAGGUAUCUCUUUUAUAUGAUAUGGGAAUAGUAGUAAAGAGUUCACGAAUAUAACUGAUAUGUAAAAUGCCAA